GAUGAGUUAGUGCUGUCUUAACCCAAUAAACACAAGACCCGCAGGAGGCAGUUUCUGAGCUUAGAACCAGAUAAUCAGAUCUUCAUAAAGCAGACUCCAUCUUCAACAUAAACAUGAAGAAUGGACUUGGACAAGGAAGGAUGUGUGCAGAGAUGAAGGCCAAGCAGAGUAAGCAUCCCUCUUCCAGACAAGCUGCUCCUGCAAACCACUCUGAAUCUGGGGAGUCCGACACAGAAAGCGUGAUCCACGAGAGAGCCUACCAACAGCAGCUACGAAUGCAAAUUGACCGCCAUGAUCAAAACAAAUACACUCUGCCUGAAAAGGAGAAUGCUGAGUUACUGCAGGGAGAUGAGGAGGAUGAGGAUGACACUGCAGAUCUUCAAGUUUAUGAUAGCCUAGAAGUAACAUCGAAACUCCAUACCAAGAGGAACCCCACCCUCCAACAUACUAAAUAUUUGGAUACACAGAUGGAUGAAAGAGGAGGAAGUCGGCUGCUUCCUGAUGACGCCUAUUCUGACCUGCGAUAUGACCCCAACUGGAAGACCAACCUGAAGGGAAAUGGCCGCCUCUUUGAAAUUCCACAGAAUUCUGUUGAGGGAUAUUACCAAGUCCCUGAAGAGAAACCUGCUCAGUCAUACAAUGUGAGACAGGGACUGAAAAUAAAAGGAGGAUACAGAUACAUUGUUGACACAAGUCCACCUGUUGUGACUCCACAAAUGGCUGGACAUCACCAGCCAUAUCACCUACACCUGGAAGAUGGUCUUACAAGCACUGCAGCAUCUCACCACGACAGGCAUGCUUGUCAGAGUAGGUCACCAGAACCUCACCUUUCAGAAGCUUCCACCAAAAAGGAAAAUGUCAACAGUUUACAGAGAGGAAACAGAGAGAACUAUGAGAGAAGCUGUGACAGUGAAAGUUUUAGCAAGUCUUCUAAUAUGAGAGAGGACCUACAUGGCACAGAAUUUGAGAACAACUACCAACAACUGAGAUGUACACAAUCAAACAACCUACAAAGCCUGGUGGAGGACUUUGUUGAACUCAACAAAAUAACCCUGGGGUGCAGCACAUCUAAACAUGACUCUUAUGUGAGGGUGCAUGCAUGCAAACAGAUGCCCAGUGUGAAUGAGGUGCAUGAAACUCCUAAGAAGCCGGCCCCCGUAGAAAAUCAAAAGGACAGCUCCGACCCUGAGCUGAGGUGGCUCCAAAGAACAGAACAGUUGCGGGUCACCCGGACCAGCAAGGGGAAGAAAGCCCAGCGUAAAGAGUACCCCAACCCCUCUCAACAGAAGCCCCCAGCUGCAGUGGUCAGAGCUGGGCAGGGAGGUCGUAUGAGCUUCCCAUUAGCUCAAGCAGCUGCUGUAACUCAGCCUGAACCUCAGAAGACGAUUUCCUCACAGCCUUUGCCCCCAACCAUCCACCUCAACAUCAACCUCAACACUUCAUCUCAACUUCUUUCAUUACUCCAGCAUACGGAUCGGCAGGAUACCAUCAUUAAUCUAGCUUCUCUGCAUGGUCAGCCACACUGGAGGCCCACGCCUGAACUUCAACCUGCCUUGCCCACAAGAUAUCAACAAAAAACUAAACCUAGGAAGUCCUCCUUCAUGUAUCCGGAAGAGGUGAAUACACAGCUUCUCCACCAAAACCUGGAGAGUACUCCUGAACAAUGGCAAAGGACAAGUCCAUUACAGUUGCCAUUAUCCUGUGGAGAAGAGGAGCAAGCUUGGAACCCCCUCAGGACUCCUACUACUGCUUCGUCACAAGGCCCAGGCUCAUACAUGGUUCUUCCACCUAUAAGAAAGCCACUGACAGGAGAAGAGCCUUGUCAGAGUGGGAACACAGCCUUCCCCAUCCAUAGCAGUAACUGUGACAGCUACCUGGUUCAGAUGGAGAAACAGAAGCAGCUGAAAGGGAGGGUUAAUUGCAAGGCAUACAAGCAGAUGAGGACAGACACAAAUCAGCAUGGCGGGUCUCCUGAUUAUGCUGCCAUUGAAAAGAUAAAAAUGAAACGACAGAAGCUGUAUUCAGAAGUGAUCCGCGAGCAGAACAAAAAAAUGAGUAGGAUUCCCUUUCUACCAGCCAAGGACCCGGAAGGCAGCAAAAACAAAGUUCCCAGGAUAAAGGCCUUAGAAUAUGCCAAGACCAUAACCAAACCCACUGGGAAGCCUCAACCAAAGCAGAGGCAGAAGUUAAAGACUAAAGACUUCACGGAGCACCAAGGCUCAGAUGUGUCCCUGCUGAACACACUGGGACUUCUUAGAAAACGACAUGAGGAAGAGAAGCAGGCUGUGGCACUGUUCAGAAAAGUGCAUGCUGUCUGAGACACUUCACGGAACCUGUGCUCUUAUAUUUAUAUUUCCAGAUUUGAAGCACAAUACGAUGCGACUUUAGAUUCACUAGGCCUGGUGUCACAUAUACAAAUCACUAUUGAACCACUGUGUAAGAACACACAGUCUUUUAACAUUCUGUCUGUUACCAAGUCAGAUUUGACAAGAAAUGAAUAGCUUUAGUGCACAAAU